AUGAUGCUGGUGCCGCUGACUCUAGCUGUUAUAAGCAAAGCUUUGGAUGAGUGCAGCGAGAUUCAUCUGCACAACACUGUUCUCAAUAAUGGUGUCGCCUGCGAGCCCAAGACAGACUGGAUAUGGUUAUCGAAAAUAUUAUGCCUUAUAUUUGUUCUUUUAACAAUCAUUUCCUACACGAUUAUUUUCAUUACAUUUCGUCAAAUUAUGAAAACGCUGCGGAGCAGUGUCAUUGCCAAAAAGACCAAAAUUCUACAGCGCCAAUUAACUAUUGUUAUGAUUGUUCAGGCAGCAAUGCCGGUAAUUUGCACGGCAGUACCAACAGUUGCAUUCUCAGUGGUGAAGUACUGUAAAUGGCCGCCAUCGGAUUACGGAUCACUGGCAAUGGGAUUCAUAAAUUGGCAACCAUGCCUUACUCCCAUUUUCACGAUAUGUUGCAUCAGAGCAGUCAAAGAUGAAUUUUUCCGCCUCUUUCACAUGACCGCUCGUCGGCAGCUUACACUCAAAGUAAUAUCGAUGAAAGAAUACGAAGAUCAGCACGCUGACCAAGGAGCCAAUGCUUUGGCUUCUGUGCAGCAGCGUGAAAACAUCGAGAACUCACAAGACGGUGCAGAUUUUUAUAUCGCUGAACCUGAUAUAUUGCAAAUCAUUCCAUCCGCAGCAUGGAAUUCUACUGAUGUUGCUGGCAAACUGGGAGCUAAGUCUGACUCCAAUCUUCUCAUUAUCUUUCGCAAAACAAUAGAUGAACAAGUCUUUCCGUUAAUUUCGCAUAGUUAUUCACAGGUAAAGGGCAGUUAG